AUGGCUAUCAACAGAAAGCAGCUGACUGUAGGAAUUUCCUUUUGCAUCAUCUACCUGUUUCUGUUACUCAUUUCUCGCUCUCACUCCAUACGCGAUCCUGGAUCCUUCUUCUUCAAGCCAGAAGUGGGCUACAGACCUCGAUACAGUCUCAAAAGGGUUGAAGAAGCUCUGCGGCAUGUUUCCGACCAUAGCAUCUCUACAAGUCCUCUGCAACCGAUCGGCAGCCCAGCCAAGACAGCCCGGCAGGUUGAGAUUUGCAUUGGAGUCAUUACCGCGAAGCGACCAUUUCAGCAGAACCUCGACACCACCUUGGGGUCCAUCCUAGAUAACUUGUCUGAAGAUCAGAGAUCCACUAUCUCUCUUCACGUCCUGUUUGCGCAGACGAAUCCCGCUGAUCAUCCCGACUACACUCAGCCGUGGCUGUCGAGCCUCGCCGACAGUGUCCUCACUUACGAGCAGCUCGAGGCGCCCAUGUCAUCUAUCACACGGUUGGAAAGAAACAAAGAUGUUCUCCGGAAAUCGCUCUUUGACUACCGUCUCCCGCUCAAGUUGUGUUACGAGAAGACAGAAGCCCCAUGGAUCGUUAUACUCGAGGAUGAUAUCCUCGCGCAGCGGGACUGGUACGAACACACGAUGAAGAGCCUUCAAAAGAUUGUUGCAUGGAGACAACAAGGCCUGAUCGGAGACUGGCUCUACCUUCGCCUCUUCUACACCGAGAAGUUUCUCGGAUGGAACUCUGAAGAAUGGCUGAAGUAUCUGACCUGCAGUAUACUCGCACUGAUAGUGGUCGCCGGCUCACUUCAUCUUGGACGAAGAAGAUACCGACCAAUGCGAGAGCUUGCAACCUGGCCUUUCUCGAUCGUCAUCUGCUUUGUCUUUCUGCCACUAUCGAUUGGCCUGUAUUUUAUGAGCGGGCGUGUGACAAUGCGACCUUUGAAAGCCGGCAUCCAUAUCAUGAAUCGAUAUGGCUGCUGUACCCAGGCAAUGGUUUUCCCCCGAGAUAAAGCACCGCUAUUGGUAGACCACUUUCGCCUCAUGGGACGUGAAAGAAUCUCUAUGGCUGUCGACACGGCCCUUGAAAAGUUUGCCGACGAGAACCGCCUGGAUCGUCUUGCCAUUGUACCCUCUCAAAUGCAGCAUGUUGGUGCUGCUUCAUACAAGGGAAAUCCCAAGGAGGAGGAUUGGAGCAAGCUUUAUCGUGUCCGCGGUGCAGAUGGAAUUUGGAGUCUGAGUUUCGAAGAGGCGUAUGGAAAUUGA